AUGACACCUGUUGCUCAUAGGUACAAAUCAAACGAAGAGUAUGUGUAUGUGCGAGGCCGUGGAAGAGGGAAGUAUGUAUGUGAGGAGUGUGGAAUUCGCUGCAAGAAACCCAGCAUGCUGAAGAAACACAUUCGCACGCACACAGACGUCAGGCCAUAUGUCUGCAAGUACUGUAACUUUGCUUUUAAAACCAAAGGGAAUCUGACUAAGCAUAUGAAGUCAAAAGCCCACAGCAAAAAAUGUCAGGAGAUGGGCGUGUUGGUAUCUUCACUGGUGGAUCUGGAAGCCGAAGAAGGAACCAGUGAAGACCUAUUCCAGGACUCUGAGGGGCGGGAGGGAUCCGAGCCUAUUGAGGAACACCAGUUUUCAGACCUAGAGGAAUCUGACGAUGAUGAUGACAAUGAAGAUGAUGAAGACGAGGAGGAAGAGGAGAGCCAAGAUGAACCACCUUUAAAGCUGCCGGAAGCCAAACACCCCGCCCCACUGAUGCACUCUUCAGGUGGCUCUCCGGCUUCUCAAGAGGAAGGCACAGAAACAGCAUCGUCCUUAGCCCAAGAAACUGCUUCCAGCAGCCAAAAAGUCGGUGAAGGCCAGCAGGGCUCCUCCUGCGGGCUGGAAACCAGGUGGUCAGCAGACAGCAGCGACAUCGCCGUGUGCCACAGCGCCCUGAGUCUCCACAGACCAGCUCUGACUUCCACCGAACAAUUGGCUUCUGCUGAAAGAGAGUCUGUCACCAGGCCACCCAUGUCCCUAGCCAUGGAACUGUCAGCCUCAAAAGACACCUCCCCAAGGAAAAGGUGGUCUCCGAGCCAGGACUCCAGCAGAGCUGGCGGCAGCAGCAGACCAAUGCUAGCGAGAAAGCACCUGUUAACCAAAAAUGAAACUUCACCCAAACGGUUUUCACCCACCGGGGAAAUGUCUCCUCUGAGGUGUCUGUCCCCAGGGAGGGGGCUGUCCCCAUGUCCACGUGUCUCUCCCAGGAGGGAGGCAUCCCCGCUGCGGUGCGCGUCGCCGAGGCUCGAGCUGUCGCCCAGCAGGCAUCUGUCCCCCAGGAGAGAGCUGUCCCCUAGGGCGUACCUUCCUCCAGAGGGAGAGGCCUCAUCUCCCAGCAGAGAGAUGCCAUCGGGCAGGUAUUUAUCACUGAAGAAAACCUUGCCCCCGAGCUGCUCAGAGGCACCCAGGUACUCAUCCCCUGGCAAGGAGGACGCGCCUGGGACGAGCAGAUCAGCAGCAGAUGACAAAAUUCAAAGCUCAUAUCAAGCCCAGCAUGGAAUAUUAUCCUCGAUGCCUCUACCUCACAGGUUCUUUGGCAAAAAUGUACAGCUCUAUGAAUCCAAGCUGAAGAUAGAACCCAGGAGCCCACCACGCUCACCCGGCACCAUGCAGCCCAUCUGCUUCAGACCCUUGCAGGCACCUCACGAACUUCACGCCCACAGCCGAGGAGAAGAGAAUGUCUUCAGCCACCUCCCACUGCACUCGCAGCAGCUCGCAAGGACCCCGUACCCCAUGAUUCCCAUCGGGGGCAUCCAGAUGGUCCAGGCCAGGCCAAGCACCCAUCCCAGCCUGGUACCCAGCUCCGUAAUGUCCCUGCCAGGGGGACACUUUUCACCUAGUGGCAGUAGCUUUGAGGAGCCAUGGGUGCCACGGGAACCUUCAUCUGCAUCAGUCUCCCCGGUGGCAAAAGUUUCCAAAUACGCGCUGUCCCCAGAGCCUACAAGCAGCGAGCGCUUGGAGGAGAAAAUGAGGACUAGUGAGCUUAAGCAAAAGCCAGACCCGGAGGAAUACAGGGUAAAAGUGUUUGCUGAGCCCAGCCCUGCUGAGCAACCGGGCCGCUCGGCAUCCCCAGCCAACCCCAGCACCACCCGCCAGCCCUCUCCAAAGCCUUCGACGAGUGGGGACAACCCCUUGACUAACCCGGGCGAGAAGCAAUGUGGCAGCUCGAGCAGCCCUUUGGAAUUACCACACUGCACUUUCACCUCCGAGCUCCCAUCCCCGCCGCCGCCCCACAGCCCGCAGCCCUCCGGAGAGCCCUGCAGAGCCCCCAGGAGUCCCCACGCAGAGCCCGCAGGCGUAGGUCACGCUCAGACAGAGGCGGACGACAGCACGGGCAGUGCUUAAGCCCCCGCCAUCUGUUUCACCUUUAGGCUUCCUAUGUAAAAUCAACAGACAUUUUCAACACUAUUUCCUUUAGUAUAAUCAUCGCUAUAUGAAGCACUCUAGUGAAUGACCAAACCCAUGGAAGUUUCCUGGUUUUCUUUGUCCCGGUCUGGUAUUAUCUCCACAUGUAUGCAGUUACUUGUGCCUUUUUCUAUACCUUUUGUUGCUUGAAAUGUACAAAAAUGUUUGAGGCUGUGAAUAUUUUUUUAGAGUUUUUUGGAAAGGGGUUUGUUAGACCUUGUCUUUUUUGCCAUUGAGGUGUGCGUUCUUAUGGGCCUGAGAGAUGCAGAAAGGAAAGGGUUAAGCAUUUUAAGAGGAAGAAGAUGCACUGAAAACAAAAACAAAAAGAAAAGAAAAACUUUUUUUUUUUAAUAUUGAUUCAAUGAUUAAAAAAAAACCAAACCCUCACUCCUGUGUACAGAAGUUUAUGAUUUGUAUUUAUUACAUGCUUUAUUUAAUUCUCGCAAAGUGCUUGUUGGUUUUUUUUCCUUGCAUCCCUCUGAUUGCCUAUGGUUGUGCUUUAAACACUUGAGACUGCUUUACAUUUGAGAAACGUGUUUACCCUGAACUUGUAAAUGAAGCUAGCACUUCCUCAAGGAGGGGGAGGCUGUUCGCAGUGAGAGAAAUUGUCGCUCCAAGAGAAAAGCUCAUCGUGAACAUCUCUCCCUCCUGCAGAACAUCAAAGCACUUUUUUUUAAUUUAAAAAAAUAAAAAAAAAAAAGGGACACACAAAAAGAUAUAAAUUCUUCUUCAAAGAUUUACCUGCAAGAAGGUAGGAAUGUAUCGAAUGUAGCCCAGCGCUGGGCUUCAUCCCUCCAUCCCCAUCGCUGUGCCCGGCGCCCUCUCCAUGGUCCUGGAGCCCUUCUACCCCUGGCUCUAAGGGAGGCUCUCACCCCGCUGCAUUUCUCCUCCCUGGUUUUUAGGUGGUGGUUGAGCUGCUCCAUCCCAUCCCGUGGGUUUGCUCCUUGAACUUUAGGGAUGCUGGAGGAGUCUGUGCUCUGCUUGGUGAUUCUGUGCUCUGUUUUCUUUGUAUUUAUUUAUUUCAGCAGAACAUCGCCAUGUCGCCCUCAUUGAGGGCCCUCAUUGACAACACCCUUUUGGGGUGUUUUGGAAGGAAAAGUUACAGCGCUGAGUGCUUUGCAGUCAGUGUGUUCUGCAUGCACGGUGACUUUUCCAAGAGCAGACUUUCCCCUCUGAGCUCCCAUAGCAGAGCAUUGGCCCGGCUGCCCUCAGAUACCAAAUACAGAGAUCGACGGAGUCACUCCGUCCAUGUGCUUUGAACCAUGGCCGUUGGGUAUGUGGCUGCCCCAGUGGACAGCAGAGGGUUAUCAGAAAGUUUUCUAAUCUAUGAAAUCUGUACAGACCCCUUUUUUUUUUUAAA